ACUUCCAUCUCUCACACCCAAGUUCCUGUGCUUCCCUCUGCCAUGAAGGUCUCUGCAGUGCUUCUGUGCCUGCUGCUCACAGUGGCCACCUUCAGCAUCCAGGUGCUUGCUCAGCCAGGUUCAGUUUCCAUCCCAAUUACCUGCUGCUUCAGUGUGGUCAAAGGGAAGAUCCCUAUGCAGAAGCUAGAGAGCUACACAAGGAUCACCAACAUCCAGUGUCCCCAGGAAGCUGUGAUCUUCAAGACCAAAACAUCCAGAGAGAUCUGUGCUGACCCCAAGCAGAAGUGGGUCCAGGAUUUCAUGAAGCGCCUGGACCAAAAGUCCCAAACCCAGAAACCUUGAACCUUUAUACCCGGACUGGAGAGACAGAGCCUGAAGAAAAUCUUAUUUAUUUUCCCCCAACCCUCCCCAGGGCAGAGUGAUAUUAUUUUUUUACAAUCCCAACAAUAGCACUUUGUAUAAUAAUUUAAAGCACAUUUCUUAAAUAUUAUUUAAUUAUAUUUAAGUUAUUGAUGUUUUGACUUUGUCUGAUAUAAAUGUUUGCAAAUGUAAAGUAUAAAAUCUGGUGGCAUGUUUUCUUUCCUGUGAACUCAGUCAAGUUCAUGGCAGGAUGUCAUUGUUCUCCCUCCAACCUGCCUACAGUAUUGUCAGGUCCUUCCAUGGAUCAUCAGAGUGAAACACUUCCGAAUUCUUAGAAAGUCAAUGCUCCUGUA